AUGUCGUCUCAUCUUCUUGUCCUUUUUUGUUUUGCACUCCUAAUUUUCGACAAAAUUCCUUUAUCCGCGAGCUUCGACUGGUACACGACAUGUAGUAACAAAUACCGUUGCGGGGCGAUAGAAGCAGAUUUUCCUUUCGUCGGAGAUGGUAGACCAGAAGGCUGUGGCCAUCCUGGUCUGAAGCUGAACUGCGAAAAAAAUAAUGCAACGAUUUAUAUUAAGGGUGUGAAAUACCAAGUUUUGGAGGUAGACCAAAACGCCCAGAUAUUCAAAAUAGCUCGAACUGAUUACAUGAACGGAAUUUGCGUGCCACAAUAUGGGAACACCAGUUUGGAUCCAGAGCUAUUUGAAUAUGCUCCGGCCUCUGGAGAUAUAACACUGCUGUAUGGUUGUUCACCUGAAAAGAACAGCUACAUUGGAGGUUUUAACUGUUCGGCCAGUGGGAAGGGGUUUAUACUGCCAGGGAAUUCGACAAGCGGAGGAGCUGAGUUGGUUUGCCGCUCGCGCGUGAUUGCGAGAGUUCCCGAUCCGGUGCGCAACUACGGCGAGUUAGGAAAUGUUUCGGUGAUCUCGAAGGCGUUAGCAGAAGGCUUUCCUGUGAAAUAUAAGGUGGACUUUGAGGCUUGUGGGGAGUGCAAGAACUCCAAUGGCGUUUGUGGAUACGACGGGAUACUUAAUCAAACGACGUGCUAUUGUCAGAAUGAACUGUCCUUGGACCUCAGGACUUGUCCGCCGACGCCGGGAUCUGGGGACGACGGAGGUGAUCUGGAAGUACCGGAUGCCAAAACAGGUACGUAA